CAGCAGACAGUCAAAGGAAAAACCAAUUUAGAUGCCAGAAAACCAAAAACUGCCCAAGCUUGUUUAACAAACAAUGGCGAUGUCAAAUCGAAACGUUUCAAAGAAAUUUAAAUGGUCCAUUGAUUUAUCCAAUCGUAAUAAAUCCACAUGUGAUCUCGCAUCCCCUCCUGGAUAUCUACCUUCAAUAGCAACCACGGUGGCUGAGUCGGCGAAGGAAAACGAUUCCAGUCUACUUAUAAAAAGAUCUUGGGAUGUUGCUUUACAACCCCUUAAACAGGUACCAAUGAAUCUUUUCAUGAUGUACAUGGUGGGGAGUUCCAUUUCCAUAUUCCCCAUUAUGAUGGUCGGAAUGAUGUUCGUAAGGCCCUUUCGUGCACUAUUCAGCAUGAACCAAACUUUCAAGAUGCUUGAGGGUACCCAGGCAAUUGGCCAAAUCUUAGUCUACAUCUUAGGGCAGUUGGUUGCAUUAGGCCUUGCCCUUUAUAAGUGUCAAUCAAUGGGACUUCUUCCCACUCACUCAUCAGAUUGGCUGGCUUUCAUUGAUCCUCAACAAAGAAUUGAAUAUUCUGGUGGUGGACAAAUUCUUCUUUAAUAACAAUUAUUUUAUUCAUCAAAAUAUUCACAUUUGUAAGUGAAGAGAAAAUACAGUACAUGAAAUCAUCUUUAAA